CCUAGUCCCCUUGGUAGUAGGGGGUAAGGGCCUAGUCCCCUAGGGGGUAAGGGCCUAGUCCCCUUGGUAGUAGGGGUUAAGGGCCUAGUCCCCUAGGGGUAAGGGGCUAGGGAUCUCUGGUAGUGUGGUCUCUCUGUGCCCAACAGUGGUGCGGUACUGAGCUCACUGGCGCCCCCUCUCUGUCUCCCAACACACAGCACACUAAUGAUUUUGCCCUGUACACCGAGGCCAUUAAGUUCUUCAACCACCCAGAGAGCAUGGUCCGUAUCGCAGUCAGAACCAUCACACUGAACGUCUACAAGGUGGACAACCAGCACAUGCUGCACUACAUUCGAGACAAGACGGCGGUCCCUUACUUCAGUAACCUGGUCUGGUUCAUCGGCUCUCACGUCAUAGAGCUGGACAAGUGUGUUCAGACGGACCAAGAGCAUCGUAACCGGGGGAAGCUGAGUGACUUGGUAGCAGAGCAUCUCGACCAUCUCCACUACCUGAACGAUAUCCUGACUAUCAACUGUGAGUUCCUGAACGAUGUCCUGACAGACCACCUGCUCAACCGUCUGUUCCUGCCUCUCUACGUCUUCUCUCUGGUCUGCCCUGAACAGUCUGAAGAUCGUAAGAUCAACCCUCAGGUGUCCCUCUCACCUCACCUCAUCACACUCACAGAUUGA